UUCAGCGAUAUGGUUCAUGAAUUCCUUGGGCAUAUGGCAAUGUUUGCUGACCCACGUUUUGCGCAGUUUUCCGAGGAGAUCGGUCUGGCGUCGUUGGGUGCAUCUGAAGAGGAAUGCAGGGAAAUUGCUCGUGUAAGUGAACUCAUUCUAACCAACUGUACCGUACGAUCAUGA